GAUCGUCAACGGAGGGACCGUCAGUGGACCGUCAGUGGGUGUGGUUUGUGAGGGAGGACCGCACCUCCGAGCCUCCGCCAAUCCGAGAGAAAGCCGGCUCCCACUGAAACCAGAUGGCCGCUGAUAUAUAGUGAAGCUGAUGCAACGAGCAUCACGUCAGAGCACUGCAGCUCAGAGGAGAAAACAGCAUCUCAUCCUCACAAAGCGACUCAGGAGUUUUUACCGCUUAUAGUCCUGAAGAAGAAUAACCGGUACCAGGAUGCCUGUCCUCAGAGCCCUCAGUAAGGUGGCCAAGCAGACCCUGCUCGGCACCCCGGGGUGCAGCUGCCAGCCCCUCACGGUGGCUGUGCGCAACAUCAGCUUCUCCCCUCGCCAGGUGACGUCUGAUGCCAGCUUCCACUCUGUGUCCUUCUCAGAAACAGACCACCCCAAGGUGCUCAUCACAGGUGGUCUGGGACAGCUCGGGGUGGGGCUUGCCAAAAUGUUGAGAAAGAAGUUUGGAAAGAAUAACGUCAUCCUGUCCGACAUCAGGAAACCUCCCAGCAGCGUUUUCCAUAGUGGCCCCUUCAUCUACUCAGACAUCCUUGACUACAAGAACCUGCGGGAAAUUGUGGUGAACAACCGCAUCACUUGGCUGGUUCACUACAGCGCCCUGCUCAGUGCUGUUGGAGAGGCCAACGUGGCCCUGGCGCGCUCCGUAAACAUCACCGGGCUUCACAACAUCCUGGAUAUCGCAGCGGAGCACGGCCUGCGUCUGUUUGUCCCCAGCACCAUUGGAGCCUUCGGUCCCACUUCUCCCAGAAACCCCACUCCAGAUCUGUGUGUGCAGAGACCUCGCACCAUCUAUGGGGUCUCCAAAGUGCACGCAGAGCUGAUGGGAGAGUAUUACCACCACCGUUACGGCAUGGACUUCCGCUGUCUCCGCUACCCAGGGAUCAUUUCUGCCGACUCCAUGCCAGGGGGUGGGACAACAGACUAUGCCGUCCAGAUUUUCCACGAUGCGAUCAAAAGUGGGAAAUUCGAGUGCAACCUGAGACCCGACACGCGGCUGCCCAUGAUGUACAUCGACGACUGCCUGCGCGCCACGCUGGAGGUGAUGGAGGCCCCCGCUGACACGCUGAGCAUGAGGACCUACAACAUCAACGCCAUGAGCUUCACCCCCGAGGAACUGGCCCAGGAGCUGCAGAAGCAGAUGCCCGAGCUGGAGGUCACGUACGACGUGGACCACGUACGGCAGGCCAUCGCUGACAGUUGGCCGAUGAACUUCGAUGACUCCAAUGCACGGAAGGAGUGGGGCUGGAAGCACGAUUACGAUCUCCCAGAGCUCAUCCAGACGAUGCUGAACUACCUAAGCUCGGAGACGCGAGUUGCUCGUGCUAGUUGAGGGACGCUAAUUGAGGGACGCUCACCAUCGGUCCGAGUAUUCAUUGUACAUAAUGUAAAGACUGACAAAAGAGAAACCUGGCCUGUACAUAGUCAUUCUCUCACUUCUCUGUAAAACCAGAAGGGCUCUGCUUGCCUGGCACACCGUGUCUCCAGAAUGAAUGAAAAGGUCAGUGCAACGGAGACACUCCUCCCGCUCCCGUCUACUCCCUGCUUCGCUUUUGCCUCAUUUUUUCUGCUUGAAAAUCUGGGUGAAGAGCAGUGUGACGGUGGAAUGUUGUCUGCAGUGUCAAGGAUAACAACGUGGCCUGCGAAAACUUGUUUGGAUUAAGAAGAAGAUGACUUGCAUGUUAAUGAAUUGUUGCAAAAAUCAAUCUUUUGUAAGUGUUUCCACCUGUUAUUCUUUGGAGAUCCAAAUUGUUUUGCUUUUAAAGGAAUGUCAAAAUUUAGGUUUUCUGGGCCUAAAGCUCCUGCGGCUUAAAUCAAGUUAAUUUGA